UUUUACUAACUUCUACUAACCAACUACUAACAACAUGGAGCAGCAGGGCUUCUUCGGCAAUAGACGCAAGUCUCGAUCUCCGAUUCGACGCGUCUUUGCGAAGUUCCCUCAGUGGACAUCGCUAGCACGAGCACAGAAACAGAAGCAAGAAGAGGAAGAGCCGGUCUUUGGCCCCUGGCAACAAGCUCCUCCUCCACCUCCUCCUCCACCACCACCGCAUUUCGCAUGUGAGGAGGGGGGCGUCGUGUUUGGACCGGAGCCACGUCCAGCACCUGAAAAGGAGAAUCUGCCUGUAUAUGGUCCACAUCCACGCCCGACACCUGAGACGGAGAAUCUGCCCGUAUAUGGUCCACACCCACGACCGACACCUGAGGAAGAGAAACGCCCUGUAUACGGGCCGCAACCACGUCCAGAUACCGAAGAGGACGGUCCGGUAUUUGGUCCACAGCCUCGUCUACGACCGAGAAGCAGAUCAGUAGAUCGUGCCAAAUACAGACUACCUAUACCUGGUGGAGCAGAACCGGCGUCCGCAUCCAACGAGAGAAAGAAACUAAGCUACGCUGCUGCUGUCCAACGUUGCACUGACACAACCUCGGGAUCAUCGUCCGGUCCGCUACCAUUAAGCAGCCCGACUCUGUCCCGAGUAUCAUCGACGAUUUCAUCAGAUUCACUAGCUGAACUUUUCCCAUUUGACUCCGAGAUCUUUGAACCUAUGACGUUGAAGAAGGAGCUGAGAAAAGAAGGUGUUGUAGCACUGAGAAAUCCAAACACUGUAGCCAUUUGUCAACCACCACGAAUAAUCACAGGCAUACAUCCGAGGGUACCUCUUGGAAUGCCGGACAUUAAUGGGUCGUUUGGAACGUAUGUUCAGCAGAAGCCCAGCGCUCCGGUGCUGAGGAAGUUACUAGAAAAACUGAAGAAAAUGACCGGAACAGAGGUGAAGGAAGCUGCACCGUUAUUAUUGCAAAAUAAAGAAACAGCAAUGCCAUUGCAACAAAAGGAAGAAGAAAAUAAGGAAGAAAAUAAAGUUGCGAGUAAGAAAGCGGACACUCCAAUUCCAGCGAAGUCGUCUACGGCGGCUGCAAACACUGCAGACCCAGUACCUGUACCUGCACCAUUCCGCCCUAAACAGAAAGUUCGAGCAAAAGCAUUCAAACGCAAAAAUAUGCCGUUCAGACGUGUCCCUAACAUUACUAACAAUACUCAAAAUAUCGCUAACAUCGUCGAUUGCAGUCCACUUGUAGUUGCCGCUCGAAAUAUGAAGUUUUGCUGUCAACUUGCACACGGGUCUCCAACUGCCAUCAUUUCGAACUUUGCUUCUAUAGAAGAAUUGUUUCAAUCAAUUGCCGAUUCUUUCAACAUUUCUCCUGAUGAUAUCAUUUUCUGCACAGUCAACACAUUCAAGCGUGACAUGGACAAACUAUUCGCAGGAAGUUUGGAAUAUUCGGACAUGUUGUUUGCACACGUAAAAGGACAAGCUGUUGAAGUAGAGUUAACCAAAUCGGAAGGCGUGUUUGGGUUGACUGUUAGCGACAAUGGAAGGUGCCGUUCAUUCAUCAAGAAAAUCAAAGACGACAGUAUUGCUUCACGAGCAAAGCCUGCGCUUGACAUUGGACAGCUUAUCGAAAAGAUUGACGGUAUCAACGUAACAGGAAUGAGACAUUACGAAGUCGUUCGUAUCCUGCGGAACAUGCCCAUUGGCAAAACAUUCACGCUUCGUGUUGUGUCACCGAAACAAUCAGGAUUUCAACUGAUUGCUCCUCGUAACUCGCUGUCUAGUAAGAAAACUUUGAAUGAUGGCCAAAGAACGCUUCGGUUCAAGGCAAAUGGAGGAGUUGUGAUUGAGGAGGGCGCUCUUGACAGAGUAAUGAUCGGCCGUUUGAACGAAGUCUUGGAUUCAUAUCUUGGGGUACAAGACGACCAGAUGGCACAGUCUUUAUGGGAUCUGGCGCUCAAAUGUGAAACACUCUCUGAAAUGAACAAAGCAGUCCGCGAUUCUGAGUUGUCAAUUUUCGACUUCCCAGACGAGUUGGUGUUUGAUAUGUGGGGCAUUGUCAGUGACUGGCGAAGAAAAUGCGACAAAGAGAAUAAAGAAAAGAACCAGAAAGUGAAUCUUCUUGACGACGACGAAGAGCAACCAUUGCUUCCUCUCUUCUCGUAAAUAUUGACAAAUUGUCGCAAUAACAAAACGACAAGAUUAAUAAAAAUGAGAUUUUAA